AUGGACAGUGACACGCAAUGUGCCGUGGUGGAGGGAGAAUCAAAAGCAAAACACAACGGAGGUGGGGAAGAGGGGGACGAUGGCAGUUUGGCUGGCGUUUGCGUCUGCAGCCAUCUGCACAGUGCACGCAAUACGCAAUGCGUCUUAGCCGCAUCGCCAACUCGUUGGGUUCCCGAGCUCUGGCUGAGUGAGGCUGAGGGUGUGGGGAAGAACGAGCACCAGACCGGCACCAGCUCGCAGUUCACUCUUCUCGUGCAGCUACCAAGCUUGCCCCCCCUCUCUCCUCCUCACCGGCCCUUUACACCUAGCCAUUCUGGAUCCGACGUCGGACUGGACGGCUUAGUAGCAAGCCAACUGGAGACCAUCGGUAUGGACGAACAGGCGUGUCGCUUGUCCGUUGACCUCGCAACACCAGGCCUCUGCGCAGACCCCCAGCCAGUGAGCCGUUCCCUUGUCGCUCGUUUGGCCGUGUUUGGCACCUCUGUUGUCUGGUCACCACCGACGGCUGCCAUUCCUAUUCUUUGCUUCUUUUGCUUGCGCAUCCACCGGCCCGAUCGGAUUCGCAUUCCUCCGAAUCCAAUGUCUCUGCCGCUGCGACCCAAUGGGCCGCCCAGCGAGCAUGCGGCGCGCCGUGAGCGACAUCAUUCCCGCCGCGACUCAUCAGGCCGGCGUGGAUCCACAGGCCAGUCUUCUGGGCGACGACGAAGAACCUCGGACCUUGAAAACACUCGAUCGCACGACCGCACCCCCACCAAAGCCCCCAUCCCGCCCUACUCGAGAGCGCUCCCUUCGCCAGGCACGCCGGUGCCCAUGGACCGCGACCCCAUAAUGCGAGGCCUGCCCACGCCCUCUGGUCCCGAACUGGGCAGGAAGCGUAGUCUCAUCAGACCCGAGCGCCAGCGCAUCGACUCGGACCAUCCCAACUACCACUAUCGCAAGCAUGCCCAGAAAAUGCCCGUCCAACCCUCGACGACGGGCAACGACCCCAUUUUGGAGGAUUACAUGGAGGCCGAGACAAUCAGCUCCGACGCCACGGAUUUGAAGCCCCCGCAUCUGCGAAAUGCCUCGGGCGGGCCUUACACCGAUAAACAAGUACCGCUAGACGACGAAUCCCCUCGUGGCCCACGCAAGUUGUCGCGCAACAAGACCAUGGAAAACCUGGAGAAGCAGCGCCAAAAGGAAAAGGACAAGCUGCGCCCACCCAGUCUCUGGAACGUCUACUGCGCCGUCGUGACCUUUUGGUGUCCCAAUGCCCUGUUAAAAUGCUUUGGCAAACCGCAAAAGGCGCAACAGCGAGCGUGGCGGGAAAAGGUCGGCCUGGUCAGCAUCAUUCUCUGCAUCUGUACCUUUGUUGGCUACCUGACCUUUGGAUUCACCGAGACCGUCUGCCCAUCCGGUGGCAAUGCUCGCAUGCAGGCCAACAAGGUCGACCGCGGUCACUUGAUCGUCCACGGCAAGGCCUAUGACCUUGCCCAAUCCACGCAUCCUCUCGCCAGAAACGUGCCCUCUGGGGCCAACGUUCUUUUUGAUCUGCCCGAAAAGCACGGUGGUCAGGAUGCCAGUUUCUUGUUCCAAAACGUCAAUGGCGCUUGCAAGGGCUUGAUUACGGCCAAAGAAGACGCUGGCAUUCCUACAAGUGGCAACGACUUGGCCUGGUAUUUCCCCUGUCGCCUCUUCAACCAAGACGGCUCGACCAGGCCCAACACGACCUUUGAGGAAUACAAUGGUUACCAGUGUCACACUUCGGACGGUGCACGCCGGGCUUUUUACUCACUUCGCAACGCUGGUGAUGUCUACUUUACAUGGGACGAUAUCCGAAACAGCUCUCGCAACCUCAUGGUCUGGGGAGGCGAUGUGCUAGACCUCAACUUGUUGGACUGGUUCAACAGAACCCAGAUCAACGUCCCCAAUCGCUUUGACGAGAUCCGCCAAAACCCUGCUGUACGUGGAAUAGACGUGACGCGUGUCUACUCCUCGAGCUACGAGAAACAGGUCGCGCGCUGCUUCACGGAGAUUAUCAAGGUGGGAUCCAUUGAUACCGAAAGUAUUGGCUGCAUCGCCUCCAAGGUUGUCUUGUACGUAUCUUUGGUAUUCAUUCUGGCCGUCGUUGUUUCCAAGUUCGUUUUGGCUUUGGCAUUCCAGUGGUUCAUCAGCAGGAGCUUUGCUGCCUCCAAGACGUCGAUAGGCAAAGCCGAUUCGAAGGAGCGUAAACAAGCCAUUGAAGAAUGGAGCGACGACAUUUACCGCCCACCACCAAAGCUAGGUGAUGCAUCUGCGGGUCCCGAUCGAUCGAGCAAGCGUGGCAGCACCUUCUUGCCCCAGACUUCACGUUUCACUAGCCCGUAUUCCAUCGACAAGGCAGCCAAGACCCGCGCUCCCCCAACCACGAUGACAAGUCAAAGCACUGGAUCUCGUCUCGCUUCUUCCAAUACGGGCAUGUACACGCAGCUCAAUGCGAGCCACGGUACGUUGCCCGCAUACGAAGGAAAACCCUCGGGGCAGGCCUCUAGAUCGAGCGUACUUCUUUCUGGCUCGAAUGAGAAGAGCCGCCACUCUACCGCCCUGGUUGAAAGUGAAGGCCCCGGACCUGCUGGCUUUAUCCAUGACGCCGUCGUUCCGCAACCUCCUCCAGAGUGGCAACCCUUUGGCUACCCAUUAGCCCACGCCAUCUGCUUGGUUACCGCCUAUUCGGAGGGUGCAGAAGGUCUGCGCACGACGCUGGACUCGAUUGCCACGACCGACUACCCCAACAGCCACAAGUUGAUCUUGGUCAUUUGUGACGGUAUCAUCAAGGGCAAGGGCGAAGACUUGUCAACGCCAGAUAUCGCCCUUGCUAUGAUGAAGGAUCACGCCGUCCUGCCACACGAAGUUUCGGCGUUUUCCUAUGUUGCGGUCGCUAGUGGUUCAAAGCGUCACAACAUGGCCAAGAUCUACUCGGGCUUCUACAACUACGGCGAGGACUCUCGUAUUCCUGUUGAUAAGCAACAGCGUGUACCGAUGAUGGUCGUUGUCAAGUGCGGGACGCCCGAUGAAGCCAAAAAGUCAAAGCCUGGCAAUCGUGGAAAGCGCGACAGUCAGAUUAUCCUCAUGUCAUUCUUGCAGAAGGUCAUGUUUGACGAGCGUAUGACGGAGCUUGAGUUUGAGAUGUUCAAUGGCAUCUGGAAGAUUACUGGUAUAUCGCCCGACUUUUACGAGAUUGUGCUCAUGGUCGACGCCGACACAAAGGUAUUCCCGGACAGUCUGACGCAUAUGAUCUCAGCCAUGGUCAAGGACCCAGAGAUCAUGGGUUUGUGUGGCGAAACGAAGAUUGCCAAUAAGCGAGACUCAUGGGUGUCGAUGAUCCAGGUGUUUGAAUACUUCAUCUCUCACCACCUCGCCAAAUCGUUUGAAUCGGUGUUUGGUGGUGUCACCUGUCUACCAGGAUGCUUCUGCAUGUACCGCAUCAAGGCUCCCAAGGGUGGUCAAAACUACUGGGUGCCGAUCCUGGCUAAUCCGGACGUCGUGGAGCAUUACUCGGAAAACGUCGUCGACACGUUGCACAAGAAGAAUCUGCUGUUACUGGGUGAGGACCGUUACCUGUCGACGCUGAUGCUCAAGACAUUUCCCAAGCGCAAGCAGGUGUUUGUACCCCAAGCCGUCUGCAAAACCACUGUGCCGGAUUCGUUCAAAGUGCUCCUGUCGCAGCGUAGGCGAUGGAUUAAUAGUACGGUCCACAACUUGAUGGAGCUGGUGCUAGUGCGCGAUCUGUGUGGGACCUUCUGCUUCAGCAUGCAGUUUGUCGUGUUCAUCGAGCUGAUGGGAACAUUGGUGCUUCCCGCCGCCAUUGCAUUCACCUUCUACCUAAUCGCCAUCUCCAUCAAGGCCGCCGUGCUCAACACCGAAGCACCCCUCAUCCCGCUCAUCCUCCUCGCCCUGAUUCUCGGCCUGCCCGCCGUGCUCAUCGUCAUCACCGCUCACCGCUGGUCCUAUGUAGCAUGGAUGUUUGUCUACCUGCUGUCACUCCCGAUUUGGAACUUUGUCCUACCCACGUACGCCUUCUGGAAAUUCGACGACUUCAGCUGGGGCGACACGCGCAAGACGGCGGGCGAGAAGACGAAGAAGGCCGGGCUCGAGUACGAGGGUGAAUUCGAUAGUAGCAAGAUUACGAUGCGCAGGUGGCACGACUUUGAAGCAGAACGCAGACUCAGGACUGCAGGCGCCGCUUGGUCACAACAGCCCACGUCGGCUGGGGGUUAUGCACAGCCGCAACAGCAGCAGCAGGGAUACGACCAGUACUAUGAUUGA